AGUGCACCCCAACACACAACAACAUCUCCAAAUGACAUAACAAUAAAAACUAAAAACAACAUUGCCACACACACAUGUCCAAAUUUAGAGCAGAACACAAACACUGACAUAACACAGAGAGAGGACCAAGAACCCAAACCCAAAAGACGGAAACAUGAAAUCAUAGACACACAACAAAGAGAGAGGGAGACAGCAGAACACCAAGAACAGCUGAAAAAUAAAAAAAACUCAGGAGAGAAACAAAGAAGAGCACAUAAAACCAUGGAGGAGAAAAAAAAAGAACAUCAAAGAAAUGUUCAAAGACGAAGAGAAAAGAGAGCAAGCCAGACUCCAGAGGAGCAACAAUUACAACGCAAACAAGACGCAGACAGAAAAAAAAAACAGAGGAAAGAAAUAAAAACCCCAAGCCAACAUAAACAACAACAACAACAACUGAUAUGUGCAGCAAUAAACACAACAAAACCAAUAAACAACACAGCAAACAUCCCGGAAGACAACAUCCAACCACACACAUGUGGACAUUUAGACCAGAGAUGUGAAUUCUGCAAUGCAAAACAUUUCAAAGGAGAAAGACCCACAGACCGGAAAUUCACACAGUGCUGCUCAAAGGGAAAAGUGACCCUUGCCCCUAUUAAAACCGACCCGCUCAUCCAGCACCUGAUGACGGGACAACAUGAAAACAGCAAGAACUUCAUGGAGAAUGUCCGAUCUAUAAACAGUGCACUAGCAUUUGCCUCCAUGGGAGCAAACAUAGUGCCACCACCAGGCCACGGGCCGUACUGCUUCCGAAUACACGGCACAAUUUGCCACCGAGCAGGCACACUGCACCCACAGCAGGGCCAAGACAGACAAUAUGCGCAACUAUACAUCUUAGACCCCACAGAGGCCGCAGAAAGAAGAUUACAUAAUAAAUCCAACACAAAAAUCAACCCACAACUUAUGCAAGCUCUAAGUACACAUUUUGCAAAAAACAAUCCCUUUGCUGAGGCUUGCAAGAUGCUACACCAAGUAGAAACAGAGUGCCAAGAGGACGCAGAACAGACAGGCGAAGCACUUAGGGAAGUAACCAUGACCAUAGUCCAAGACCGAGAAAAUGACCAAAGACGUUACAAUGCACCCCAGCAUAAUGAGGUCGCAUUUAUAUUCAAAAACAAUGACGGAGAGCCACCACUGGAAAGAGACCUACUAAUUCACUGUAAACCUAGAGCAGGCAACCCAGACCAUAACAUUACACAAAGAAUAAGUGUCCUCGAUCCCAACCUAGAACCCAUGGUAUACCCAUUACUAUUCCCCAAUGGAGAACAAAGCUGGGGGAUAGACAUACCUUUACAACUGAGGCCACAAGCCUUAAAGAAUUUAUCAAAGCAACCAUGUUCACCGAGAGUACGAGUCACCCAGAUGCAGUACUAUGGCCACCGUUUAUCCAUCAGAGACAACUUUAACGCCUUUCUAAAUGCAGGCCGCCUAACGCAGCAAUACAUGGUUGAUGCAUAUGUAAAAACAGAGGCCAAUAGACUCAAUUUCAUCCGACACAAUCAACCAAAAUUGCGAGUUGAAAAAUACUCAGGAUUGAUGGACCACUUAAACGAAACAGCCAAUACAACAGGCCAACUCCCAGGAAAGACAUUUAUUUUGCCGUCCUCAUUUGCAGGUAGCCCCAGAAAUAUGCUACAGAACUAUCAGGAUGCCAUGGCUAUUGUCAGAAAAUACGGAAAACCAGACCUCUUCAUUACAAUGACAUGCAACCCAAAGUGGAAUGAAAUAGAAGACAACCUAGAACAGGGCCAAAAUGCUGCAGCAAGACCAGAUAUAGUGGCAAGAGUCUUUCACCUGAAACUUAGAUCCCUAAUUGAAGACAUCUGCAAAAACCAUAUAUUUGGCCCACCAACAGCCAUUGUAUAUGUCAUAGAGUUCCAAAAAAGAGGCUUGCCACAUGCCCACAUAUUGCUCAUCCUAACUGAACACUAUAAGCCAAAGACUGAAACAUCCAUCGAUAACAUAGUAUCUGCAGAAAUCCCGAACAUUGAAACAACACCACGUCUGCAUGCAAUAGUAACAAAGCAUAUGAUCCACGGUCCAUGUGGUACUCACAAUCGACAUUCACCAUGUAUGUUGAAUGAAAAAUGUACAAAAGAAUUCCCAAAAGAGUACCAAGACCAGACUAUUGCAAACAUCAAUGGAUACCCCAAAUACAGAAGAAGAAACUCUGGAAACAGCAAAACACAGAGAGGAAAACCAAUAGAUAACAGAUGGGUUGUGCCCUAUAAUCCAUUUCUGACCCUAAGGUAUAACUGCCACAUCAAUGUCGAAGUCUGCGCAUCAGUCAGAAGUGUCAAAUACCUAUUCAAAUAUGUAUACAAAGGCCAUGAUUGCGCAAAAGUGGAAAUCCUAGAACCAGACACUUUGAACCAUGAUGAGAUCACAACCUACAUGGAUGCAAGGUAUGUCAGCGCGCCAGAGGCAGCAUGGCGACUAAAUGGAUUCGAGAUGCAUUACCAAUCCCAUACAGUACAAAGACUGCCAGUGCAUCUCCCAGACGAACAAGCAGUAAUUUUCAACCCAGAAGACAUUGGCGCAGCAACCGACAGAGCAGCAAGCCGUGAAACACAACUGACAGCAUGGUUCAAAUUAAACCAGCAAGAUGAGAAGGCAAGACACAUAUUGUACACAGACAUCCUAGUAUAUUAUGUCUUUGACAAAGCAAACAGCACAUGGAAAAUUAGACAGCGUGGGGCAGAAAAAAUGAUUGGCAGAAUGUAUUCUGCAAAUUUACAAACAGACCAGGAGCGCUAUUGCCUGCGCCUCCUACUGCUGCAUGUGUCAGGAGCAACAUCCUAUGGAAACCUCAGAAGCGUGGAUGGAAAAGAAUACCCAACUUUCCAAGAAGCAGCAAAAGCAAGAGGACUCAUAAACGAUGAAACAGUGUGGGACAGCACACUUGAAGACGCAGCACAGUACAACAUGCCCACGCAAAUCAGAGAACUCUUCGCCUACAUCUGUGUCUUUGCAUCCCUCCAAAACAUGCAGGAGCUAUUUACAAAAUAUGAAGACUACCUCAUCGAGGAUUAUGCCCAUAAACAUCUACAACACAAUAAAGAAUGCACAGUCUGCCGUGACCUCGCCCUGCAGGAAAUUGGAAAAAUUUUAACACUCCAUGGAAAGAGAUGCACAGACUACGGCCUGACAUACAACAAGCAUAAUACCGAGCACCUUACAGAAACAUACGACCAAGCCUAUGAAAACCAAACAGCAAAACAUAUGUCAACAACCUUCAAUGAUGACCAAAGAGCAGCCAUGGAAGAAAUUUUAACAGCUAGCCAAAACAAUGAGCUUGAACACCGCUGCUUUUUUUUGGAUGGACCAGGAGGCAGUGGAAAGACAUACUUAUACAAAACCAUCCUCAACACAAUUCGUGGCCAGAAUGAACUCGCGCUCCCUGUAGCCUCCACAGGGAUAGCAGCCAACCUUCUACAAGGAGGCAGAACAUAUCACUCACAAUUCAAACUGCCAGUACCAAUACUGGAAAACUCCGUGUCUAACAUGCGCCUCAAUUCCCAAGAUGCAAACAACAUCAAAAAAGCCAGAAUAAUCAUUUGGGAUGAGUCAACGAUGGCACCCACUCAAGCAAUAACAACAGUAGACAAACUGAUGAAGGAAAUCAUGGAGAACAACAAACCCAUGGGUGGUAAGCUUUUUUUACUUGGAGGAGAUUUCCGACAGACACUUCCCGUAGUACCGCAUGGGACCCAAACCCAUAUUGUAGAGGCCUGCAUAAAAAACAAUACACUGUGGAACACAUUCAAGAUCCUGAGACUUCACAACAAUAUAAGAUCAAAAGACCCAGAAUUCAGUAAGUGGCUAAUCACAGUAGGCAACGGAGAGACACCACACAUUGAGGGAUUACAAGAAAACAUCAUUGAGAUCCCAUCAAGCAUCAUAUGCAGAACAGAUAUCGUGAAAGAAAUUUUCGGAGAAAAAAUACAAGUGCGGAACAUCCACGACAUAGCAAAAAGAUCCAUCCUUUGCCCAAAAAACAGUGAUGUAGACAGCAUCAACGACCAGGUGCUCCGCAUAUUAGAGGGUGAACCAAUAACUUAUCUCAGCUCAGACUCCAUAGAUGACACCACUGAGGAAGAUGCCAAAAACUACCCAGCAGAAUUCCUACAUGACCAAACACCCGCAGGAAUGCCAAAACAUACACUCACCCUAAAAGAAGGCGCAAUCAUAAUGCUUCUAAGAAACCUGAACACAAAAAAAAGGCUUAUGCAAUGGAACCCGCCUGAUUGUCACACACCUGGAAAAAAGUAUCAUACUAGCAGAAGUAAUUACAGGAUCAGCACAGGGAGACAUGGUCUUCAUCCCAAGAAUAGAUUUGGCACCAACAUGCACGGACCUGCCAUUCACCUUAAGAAGACGACAAUACCCAGUGAAAUUAGCAUUCGCAAUGACAAUCAACAAGUCACAAGGACAAACCCUGGAAAAGGUCGGAAUCUAUCUGCCUGA